UUCUGAUAGGGCAACAUCGCUGUUUAUCUCCGCUGUCGACGUGGAAACCCGGAAGUAGGUGUAAACAAGUGCUACGCUGGCGUGGAGGGAAAGAAGAGCAAAGUACAAUAAAAACCUUUUUUUUUAAAAAGAAAACUUAAUUCGCAAGCUUUGGCCGCUUUUUGCCACACCAUCUACUUUCUUUAAAACAACAACAAACGCGAACGGUGCCUCCUCGCAGGCGGAAGAAGCAGAAUGGGCAGGAAGGAUGCCAGCGCCACCAAACUACCAGUUGAUCAGUACAGGAAGCAAAUUGGUAAGCAGGACUACAAGAAAACAAAGUCGGUCUUAAAGGCCACGCGGCUCAAAGCUGAAGCCAAGAAGAACUCGUCUGCGUUCAGGGAUGGCUUCCUGGUCCUCGUGGCGAUCGCGUUCUUUGUCGUCUGCGUCUACGCCUUUUUCUACCUCAACCUGAGCAACGAGAUUAACAUGGACAUGGACUGACACUGUAUGUACUGUACAUUGUUCUUUCUUCAAUCACGCACAGCUUUUCUAUUUUCAUGACAACCAGCGUCCUCUCUAGUGGACAUUUCCUUUUUUAUUUUUAUUUUUUAUUUUUUUUAAUUACUUUUGUCAGAGCCACUACAGGGCUGGGCAAUAUGGCUGAAAUCUGAAUCAUGAUAUCAGUGUUUUGUAUCGGUCGGUAUCGAUAAUUGUUGGUAUUUUUUAAUGACCUAUCUAUAAUACGGACCCGGAGAAAAACGUAUACAAGUCAUCAUAAACAGGUUGUCGACAUAAACAAGUUGUCGACAGUAUUGGGUCGUUGACUUAAAGGGAGUAGUCGACAUAAAUGGUGUGUAGGCGUAAACAAGUUGUCGACAUAAACAUGAACAAGCGCAGACAAACCGGUUGUUGACAUAAACAUGUUGUCGUCAUAAACAAGACAUAGACAAACAGGUUGUUGACAUAAACGAGUUGUCAACAUAAAUGGUUUAACAUAAGCAA